AUGAAGAAUCAUCAGAUGAAUAAAGAGGGUUUAUCCCCUCUCUUAUUUAAAGCACCCAUUUCCUGCAACCAACAUAAAGAUGCAGACGAAGAUUCUCUUCUGCUAAGCAUAGAGCCAUACUCUUACAAACAGUCAAAAGCCUUGACGUUCUGGAUUUUCUCACUUUUAUCUGGAGGUCUUUUAUACCUCUUCGAUUUUUGGUUUCUCCGCCUGCACCUUCACUUGCGCUAUUCUAAAGCUCCAAUCUCCCAAGCUUCACAUUUGCUCAUUAAAACCAAGUAUUUCGUUGAUCUGGUCAGAAUCGAAUACAAAAAUUCGCAAUCCUUGGGCAAAGUUUUGACGUUCAGCCACCACCACCUUUCGUAUUACUACGACGGUGACCUUUUCCAGCCCAUUUUCUUCGAUUCCGCUUUACAUUAUAAGAGUUUGAUAGACCGGUUUGGACAAGGCAUUAGGAAUCCUGAAGAAGUUCUAGAAAAAAAAGGAAUUUUUGGACCAUGCCAAAUUAACGUCCCAGUCAAGCCUAUUAUGAAGCUGCUGGUAGAAGAGCUGCUUCAUCCUUUUAACAUUUUCCAGAUUUGGAGCUGCGUUGUCUGGUACUGAGAAGACUACUGGUAUUAUGCCUCAGCCAUCGUCGUGAUUACUUUGAUAUCAUUGGGCACCUCAUUGGUACAGACCAGGAAAAGCAUGGACUCUCUCCAUAAAUUAGCCCUCAGGGAAAGAAAAAUUACUGUGAUAAGGGACAAUCUCAAGCAAGAGGUUUCGAAUACAGAACUAGUACCUGGAGAUCUGGUGGAAAUUCCUGAAGGCGGAGAAAUCCCUUGUGAUAUUGUGCUUAUAUCAGGUGGCUGCAUUAUGGAAGAAGGAAUGCUGACGGGAGAGUCAGUCCCAGUCAUGAAAGACGCACUUCCUUAUUUAGCUGAGCCGGUCUAUAGUAUAGAGCAUGAUAAGAGGCAUUCUUUAUAUGAAGGGACAAGAGUGAUCCAGACUCGCAACUUUGGAGGCGCAGAAACACUAGGAAUAGUGACAAGGACUGGAUUUUUGACUAUGAAAGGAAAACUGGUGAGGUCCAUUUUAUUCCCAAAGCCAAACAAGUUCAAGUUUUAUCAAGACUCAAUGAAAUUCAUUGCAGUCCUCAUCAUUUUUACCUUUAUUGGCUUUUUCUUGUGUCUCCCGUUCCAAAUAAGCCAAGAGGUCCCAACUGAAGAGCUGAUUAAGCGAUGCUUAGAUUUAAUUACAGUCACCAUUCCUCCAGCAUUGCCAGCAGCAAUGACUGUUGGCACUGCAUUCGCUAUCACCCGCUUAAGAAAAGAUAAAAUCUACUGCACCUCUCCUCCACGUGUAAACGUCGCUGGCAAAAUUGACACUUUUUGUUUCGAUAAAACAGGGACUUUGACUGAAGACGGGAUGAAUUUGCUUGGUGUUCACCCCGCCUCCAGCAAGCAAAUGGAUAAUUUUUCACCAAGCCCUAAAGAAAUAGAAAACUCGCACAAAGAACUCAUAGAAUGCAUGGCUUGCUGCCAUUCAUUGACAACAGUUAAUGGUGAGCUCUUAGGAGACACCCAAGACCUGAUGAUAUUUAACAGCACCAAGUGGUUCCUGAGCGAGAAUGACCUCUAUGACCCUGCCAUAAAAGCUAUAGUCAAGCCUAGCACCUCUGAAGAAAUUUCAGAUGUCUUUGAUGAAGAAGGCAACGUGAUGGGGAUCAUAAACCUCCCUUACGAAAUCGGCAUCCUUCACAUCUUCCACUUUAGUUCCAAGCUGAAAAGGAUGGGCGUGAUAGUGAAGAAUCUAAAAGAUGAUUCUUUUGCCUUUUUUAUGAAGGGAGCUCCUGAAGUCGUGCUGGAAAAGUGCCAUGAGUCAACCAUCCCAAAUAACCUUAAAGAAGUCCUGGCUGAAUACACUAAAAAAGGGUAUAGGGUUUUAGCUUGUGCUUCUAAGAAGAUCCCAUCUAUAAAAUAUACAGAGCUGAGGUCGCUUAAAUUAGAAGAAAUUGAAAAUGAUAUAGAAUUUUUAGGGUUUUUGGUACUCCAAAAUAAGCUGAAAUCGCAAACUAUCCCUUCGAUUCGUGAUUUGCACAAUGCAAACAUAAGGACAAUCAUGGCAACAGGGGAUGCAGUCCUUACAGGGAUAUGUGUAGCAAGGGAGUGCGGAAUUUUGGAUGAAGAUAUCACGGUUUUUCUUGGAGAAAUGAAUAAGGGUGAAAUUUGGUGGGAAAAAUUCCAAGUCAGCAACUCUACAGAAAUCGAAACCAAAAAUGAAGCUCCAUGAAAGUCACUGGGAUUUGAAGCAAACUAUGCCCUCGCCCUCACAGGCUCCGCAUUUGCACAUAUAAUAAAGCAAACCGAAAGUGAACGUAAAGAGGACAUAAUCUCCUUAAAAAUCGUCAUGGAAAAAUGCAAAGUAUACGCCAGGAUGUCCCCAGAGCACAAAACACAACUUGUCGAGCACUUGCAAAGCAUCGGAUACCUUGUCGGCAUGUGUGGGGAUGGCGCCAACGACUGCGGAGCUUUAAAAGCAGCUGAUAUUGGCAUUUCGCUGAGUGAAAGUGAUAGUUCGAUUGCUGCACCUUUUACAAGCCAAAUCGCAAAUAUUUCAUGUGUAAAUACUGUUCUAAGGGAAGGGAGAUGCGCGCUUACCACCUCUUUGCAGUGCUUUAAGUUUAUGGCGCUUUACUCCAUGAUCCAGUUCAUUACAGUCAGCAUGCUCUAUUGGUCAGGUAGUAAUUUGAGUGAUUCUCAGUAUAUGACUGUGGAUUUGCUUACAGUGCUGCCUCUUGCUAUUUGCAUGAGCUACACAAAAAGUUACCCGAAAUUAAGCAAAAGGCAGCCAACAGCUUCUUUAAUAUCAGUUCCAGUCCUCACUUCAGUGAUCGGACAAGCUGUCAUUGCAGGAGCUACACAGAUAUAGAAAUUGCCCGAGGAUGGCGCUAUAUUGCGCCAUCCUCGGGCAAUUGGAGACACGGCUCCACACGGGAAUUGUGUUCCACGUGUUGAGCCAUUUUUUCCACGUGGGAAAAUGUGGAUUCCACACGUGGAAAAAUGGCUCCACACGUGGAAUACGGUUCCCGUGUGGAGCCAAUUUUCGCUUGCCCUAGGAUGGCGCCAUAUAGCGCCAUCCUAGGGCAAAUCCUAUAACUGCCUUUUUGAUAUCCCGAGAAAUGCCUUUUUGGGAGUCAAUUGAUUAUAAGCCUGGCACCUCAGUUCUUGACUAUGAGUACUCUUAUGAGAACUCGGUGCUCUUUUUGGUCUCCUGGUUUGAGUAUCAGUUUGUGUCACUUGCCUUUUCGAUAGGGAAGCCUUGGAAGAAGUCUAUGUGGACUAAUUUCUGGCUGAGCUCCACCACUGUGAUUUUGUCGGCUUGGACACUUUAUGAGAUUUUGAUUCCUGCUGACUGGGCUCGGCAUCUUGUGAAUGUAAGAGAUAUUUAGAUUAAAGCUUUCCCAUUUUACUUUAGAAUAGCCCUGCUUUCUAUUUGUCUGGCAUAUGGAUUGAUUGUAUUGUCGUUUGAAAAAUUCAUAGUGCCGUGGAUUGAUAUAGUGAAUAGAAAGCGCGCGAAUAAAAAGAAAUAUGAUGCUAAAGUUAAAGAUCUUUCUCAGUAA